CAUCACGCGUCCGAGUCCGAGUCCCGCUUUUACCACAUGGUUCACCCACAAAACAUAUAUAUCAUAGGCAUUUUCGCAGGCUCGUUCAGCAAGCACUAUUGGUGCUGUCCUCGACGUCGUCCUCGCAGUUGUGACCGCCAUUGACGAUGGUCUUGCUCACUCUCGCUGCUUUACUCGGCACUCACCUCUUUGGAGGCGUUUCAGCACAGACAUGGUGCAACAAGAAUUAUAUGGCUAACCAGUCUAUCGUGCCCCCCGGUGGUAACUUUCCUAUACCCACGUAUUCACACUCCCCACUUCUCGCUUUACGCUGUGGUCCUGCGAUCAAGCCUUAUCUCGCUGAAGACGUACACUCACCCGCCGCCAUCCUCAUCGACGCGCUUGUCGUGAACUAUGAGAUCACAGGCGCUGCUCCCAUCUCUCUUCCUUCAAGAGGUCUUUCUCAGGCAGGUAGUAUUGAUGUUACAGUCUCACUCGACGGGAAAACGCUUGCACGGGGUGAUGUUCCCCUUAAUACGACUGCUUUUGAGCUACCGUUCAGCCUGGAAGGCCUCACGCCCCAGAUGACACCGUACAAUCUGACCUGCUCGGCGACAUACUCCGGUACCUCUGACGCAAAGAGCCAGUCGUUCAGCACAACGGCAUCUCUGUCGUAUAUUCCCAACCCUACUAAUAGCUCUGUCACCAAGAUGGAUCUCAGAACAGGUGCACUCCUAGCAAAGCCUGCCACAGGCUUGGGUGGUGAGUAUGCACCUGUGUUUCCGAUGGGAUUCUAUACCACCUUUGAUGGAUAUUUGUCAACCAACUUGUCCAUCGUCAACGAGCUGAAGGAGCAAGGUUUCACCGUUAUACACCCUGUACCGACGUUUGACAACAUGACAGCCUUUGAAGAGGUCCUCGAUCGGAUGCAGGAAGUUGGGAUGUACCUCAUGUAUGAUAUGAGAUUCACCUACAUGAACCUCACUUCAGUCACCGAACAAGUCAACUCAAUCAAAAACCGGCCCAACUUACUUCUGUGGUACACAGCGGACGAGCCUGACGGCACAUCUGAUCCCCUCAACGCUACAUCGAAUGCGUACGAUCUUAUCUAUAGUCUUGAUGGAUACCAUCCCGUUAGUUUGGUGCUCAACUGCCAGGAUUAUGAAUGGCAAUAUUAUACCGCCGGCACGGACAUUGUUAUGCAAGACGCCUAUUCCAUCAGUAACAAUGUUACUUGGUCCAACGAAUGGCAAACUGUGUGUACGCCUGAUUAUGGCGACUGUGGAUGUGAUAACUGUGUUGGUGAAUGCUAUGGUGGAAAUGCCACUACAGGCGUAGGCGAGGACUGCUCUUCAUCGUUCUUCGAUAUUAGUGAUCGUGUGGACACCCACCUCAACCGGCUCGUCGCCCAAGGCUGGGAGAGGACCAAGGCACUGUGGACGGUCCCACAAGGAUUUGGAGGCAGCGAAUACUGGCUUCGCGCACCUACAGGCCAAGAAUUCGUCAUUGAGUCGCUAAUUGGUGUUAACCAUGGCGCUUUGGGAAUAGUUUCCUGGGACGACCCCACACCAGCUGACAUCAAAACCUCCGCCUCAUCGCUCGCUCUGGCCCUCCCAUCCCUCGUGCCUUUCCUAUACUCUCCCAUUGCGGUGAAAACAAACUACCUCAUAGGCGGCGUCGAUGUUUCGACGUGGUCUGUGAAUGGAGAGACGCUUGUCGUGGGCUUGAAUACCAACUAUAAGAGUGCCAGCGUGAAGUGGAGCGAUGUUGGGCUAAAGAGCCAAGGUGCUACGAAAACGCUGUUUGAGAGCGGGCAGGCGACGGCAGGAUCAGACGAAAUGAUGUUCGGGAGUGUAGGUGCUGGGGCUUUUGUAGUUGCAUCAUGGUAAGAGGAAGUGUAAUAUUUAAAGUAUUACUUUGAGUAAACGGACUUAAUGGCACCAAGAAAGACCAGUGAACCAA